AUGGCCCCCCCCAGCCCCUUGCCCAGCUCCCCCCAACCCGGGCCGGCCUUGGGACCCCCCUCAGCCCAACCCCUGGCCCCUCCGCCCUGCCGGCCGCCCCCUCGGAGGAAGAAGAAGAAGUAUCUCCGGCACGCCAAGCCCCCCUACACCUAUUUGGCCAUGAUCGCCCUGGUCAUCCAGGCGGCACCCGGAAAGCGCCUCAAACUGGCCCAGAUCAUCAAGGAGAUUGGCUCGCUGUUCCCCUUCUUCCAGGAAGACUACCAUGGUUGGAAGGACUCCAUCCGCCACAACCUUUCCUCCAACCCCUGCUUCCACAAGGUGCUGAAGAACCCCAAGAAGCCCCAAGCCAAGGGCAACUUCUGGGCAGUGGACGUGAGCCUGGUGCCGGCGGAGGCCCUGCGGCUGCAGAACACAGCGGUGGUGAGGCAGGGGGGUGGGCCGGCCGCCUUCCCCCAGGACCUGGCUCCUUACGUCCUUCACGGCCGCCCCUUCAAGGACCGGGGGAGCCCCCCGGGACUCCCAGCCGCUCCCCACUCCGCCCCCGAUCCGGCCAAGACCAGAGGCUCCUUCGACGUCCACCCGCUGCUCCAGGACUUCCAGGAGACGCCUCCUCCCUCGCACCCGCCCCUGACCAUGCCCCUCCACGCUCCCCGGCCCCUCCGCUUCUUGCCCGCCCCGCCGCCCCUGAGGCUGCCCCCGGUGAGGGUGGGAGGGUCAGAGCCCCCCGGGGAGCAUCCGUGCUGGGGGGCGCUGCCCACGUCCUACAGCCGUGGCUGGGCCCCCAACGUGGUGGCCCCCGUGGUCCUUCCCUGCUACAGCUGCCCACCCGGUACUCACUGGGGCCUGGUGCCCGGGCCGCGCCCGCAGCCCUGGCUCUCCAGGGACCUGGGUGCCCUCUUGCAGGCCGUGCCCCCGAACAAGAGCGUCAGCGACAUCCGGCUCACCCACCCCCGGGACCUGCUUCCCCCCAACUCCCUGGGGCCCAUCCUCGCCUGGUACAGCCCAUGA